AAUCUCGUCCUGAUGGCAGAAACUCACAAUUUUUGGGGUCCGUGUUACCUUAGCUAGGUAUCGUACCAUCAAAGGGCCAGUCUGUCAAUUUUGCUCCGUCGCUCGGCUUGUGACGAUUAUUGGUAUCUCUCCCUCUAUUAAUGAAUUUUGUGCCCAGUUUGGGCCACUCACGGGGACCACAACAAAAACCUUCCGUUAAAGCACUACUCCUCUCCAUUUAAUGUCGAAUACCCCAAGCAACUUGUGUCGCCUUUAUGACAGCCCAUCUGAUGCAUCAUCAGCAGUUCCAAACUGUUCACAAACCUUUCCUGAGAGACUGCCGCAUCAAACAUGACGAUUUACCAGUCGAUCCUCGACGCCACAACAGGCGCGCCCCUUCCCUUUGUGGGUAUUCUACUCGUACUAGCCUUUGUCACUGUCCAAGCCAUCACCAUAAUCCACACAGCCUUCCUCUCCCCCCUCGGCAAAAUCCCCGGCCCCUUCCACGCCCGCUUCACCUCCCUCCGGCUGACCUACUCCGUCUUCUCCAACAACCGAAUCCACUACGUCCACUCCCUCCACCGCCGCUACGGCCCCAUCGUCCGCAUCAGCCCCCGCGAAAUCGACAUCGCCGAGCCCACCACCGCCCGCGAAAUCCACAAGAUGGGCUCCGGUUUCACAAAAGCCCCCUUUUACGCCCUCCUCUCCCCCGGGCCCGUGGAUAACAUUUUCAAUUUUCGGGACCCCAAGCUACACUCUGCCCGGCGUCGGCUCUACGCAAAGGGGUUUACCCUUUCCAGCCUCCGCAGAGAAUGGGAGCCCACCAUCCGCGAGACUGUUGCCCUCGCGGUGGCGAAAAUCAAGGCUGAUGCACUGAGAGGAGAAAAGGGGGCGGAGGUGAUGGGGUGGUUCACCCUCAUGGCCAACGAGAUCGUCUGUCGGCUCACGUUUGGUGGUGGGGAGGACACGGUGAAAAAGGGGGUGAAGGACCCGUUUGUGGUUAUGCUGGAAAGGAGGAUGGGGGAUUUGGCGCAUUUGCUCAAGUAUUUUGUUCCGCCGGUUUAUUACCUCGGGAGGAUGCUUGCUUUGGUGGUGAGGCCGCUAAGGGAUGUGUUUUACUCGCAGGAGAGGAUGUUUGCUGCUGGGAAUAGGGUUGUGGCGCAGGCAAGGAGGGGGGAGAAGGUUGUGGAUGGUGGGGGGAGGAGGAAUCUGUUUGCCAAUGCGCUGGCGGAGGAAGAGCAAGGGGGGCCGCCUGGGUUGAGUGAUACGGAUAUUGUCACCGAUGCUGGUGCUUUGUUGCUUGCUGGGUCGGAUCCGACGGCUAUUUCGUUGACGUUUUUGCUUUGGUGCGUGCUCAGCCGGCCGGAGGUGCAGAGGGAGGUUGAGGCGGAGGUGGCGGGGAUGGGGAGUGGGGAGAUUACUGAUGAGGUGUGCGAAGGGUUGCCGGUUUUGAAUGCGGUUAUUGACGAGAGCCUGCGGCUGUAUGGCGCAGCGCCGGGGUCGAUGCCGAGGAGUGUGCCGAAGGGGGGAGCCACGCUUGGUGGGUACUAUGUCCCGGAUGAUACGGUGGUGGUUACGCAGAACUGGAGCCUGCACCGCGAUCCGGUCGCGUGGGAGAAUCCGGAUGUGUUUGACCAUACCCGCUGGCUGCCGGGUAAGCAGCUGUCGGAGCGGGCCAAGAUGUCAUUCAACCCGUUCGGGUACGGUGCCCGGCAGUGCUUGGGGGUGCAUCUCGGCCGAAUCGAAAUGAGGCUGGCUGCGGCCAUGUUUUUCCGGGAAUGUGCGGGAGCCAAGCUUGCCGCUUCUGCUACGCCGGAGAGCAUGGUGGUGGUGGAUAGUUUUAUUGCUGGUGUUCCGAAGUCUCGGAGGCUAGAAAUCACAAUGAAGGGGUAACAGACCGGACAUAGUUGGGCAAUGAGAGUAAUUUGCGAGUCCUUUGUAAUGUAUUAAAGUAGAUAUAUGGUACAGUCAAAAGGGAA